AUGUCCUUCCUCUGUCCAAGAUGCCGCCUUUGUUCCUUCGAGACACGAUCAGGGCUGGGUCGGCACAUGCAGAGCAACGCCUGCCCUGCCAACCUCGUUAGUGGCAGCGACCAGCUCCAGGCCCCAAAACGUGCAAGAUCGUGCUUCAUCCCUCCUAACCCCAUACCGCGUGCAAUACUGCGCCUGGAGCCGGCGCAUUCCUCUGUAGAACCGAGUGUUGAUGCUGAUGUUUGUAUUGCUGCACAUGAUAUGCCAUGUGAUGAUGCCGCACCCCAUAGUAGUGACACAACAUUGUCCACUGACUCAGUAGAUAGUGUUCUUCCAUUUGAACAAGAUGACGAUGCGAGUAGUAGUGCUGGUGCCUCGUGUGCUUUUGAUAGUGGGGGGGCAGCAACUCAAGCAGGUGCAGCAUUACCGGCAGAAGAAGAGGCACCGACGUUCAACCUCAAGGAUGCUCUUGCGCAUUGGAUCCUCUCCAACCGGCUCUCGAUCAAACACAUCGACGCGUUGCUGGAAAUUCUGCGCAAGACCAUACAGGAAAUUCAUGAUUGGAAGACCUACCGCGACGUUCAAGCGUACGCAGAGUCCAAGGCGACUGAUGGCCACCGUGGGUGGCGACGGAAGACCAUCCGGUCGCGAAACAAAGCAUGGCUGGAGUUCUGGCACUGUGAUCCUUUGGUUGCUCUUCAAGAUCUUCUGAAGCACCCUAAGCUGGCCGCUAGGUGUUUCAUGCAGAUCCACAAUACGCUGGAAACGUACGGGUGUUUAGCACCCCAGAAACAGGCCUAUGGGAAGGCGAAAGGGCAUCCCGUGUAUCUCACACUGGGAAACAUUGAUAAGGAUGACAGGUGGCAACUUUAUGGGCACGUGCUUCUAGCACUUCUCCCUGAGUUUCCUGCCGAGUACAACGUGCAGGACAAAAUGCAAGUCCAUAACUACAUCAUGAGACUAGUGUUGCAAUCGCUCAAGACGGCUUCCUACACCGGCAUUGCAAUGAAGAACGCUGCAGGCGAGAGCAUCAACGUGUGGCCCUACUUGUAUGCCUAUGUGUCGGACUAUCCGGAGUCGUGCAAGAUCACUUGCACGAAGUCGUUGGGAACCAUGUUCCCUUGUUCGAUAUGCAAGGUCGAUAAGACCCAUUUGGCAGUGUUGCAGGAUCGUAUCGAUGCUCGGACACCGUAUGAGCAAGAUACCAUUGUGCGCGACAUUUUGGAAGGGCGGGUCGCGCCCGAUGCGGACGCAACAUUGUCCACACACCCAGUGCAGAGCUUCUUGAGCGGUUGGAGGUGGGAGUCCGACACCAUUCUGAACCCGUACCUUGCGGUGCUGCCCGACGUGAUGCACCAAGCGGAUUUGGGCAUUUUUGAGCACAUUGUUGACUUCAUUCGUGUGCAUGUGAAGCUGUUGGCUGAUAGGAAAAAACUAGACAGAAUUCUUAGGUACUACAAGAAGAACAUUAGGGGGGGGGACAUGCGGUUGCCAUCGGGCCAGUACUUCGAAAAGGGGGCAAACUAUCAGGCCUACGAGCAUCGUUCUGUUAUGCAGAUACUUCCCUUCAUUGUGAAGGGAUUUAUCACGCAAGAGCAGAUGGACGCACUCGUCUCGUACAUUGAGUGGUAUCUCGAGUGCGCGCGGGCAUCAGAGCACACCGAGACCACCCUCAUCGAAUUCAAGACGAAGGCGCACAGGAUGUUACACAACCUCAAGACCGCCUUCCCGCACACAUCGGAUUGGAACUUCAUCAAAAUGCACCUCAUUAGUCGCUACAUAGACUCCAUUCGUAGGUCGGGGUUGCCCGAGCACUACUCUGCACAAUUAUACGAGAACCUGCACAUAUAA